UCCAAAUUUUUCAUCUUCUUCUUCAUACCUCAGUGAAAAUGAGCAUAAAUUUGUUUGCUUUAAUAGGUUUUGUUCCAAAAUUCAUUUAGAUUCUUGGGUAUGUUUCUAUUUCAUUAUUUGUAUUAGUUCUUCCCCAAUUUUCAAACUAUUUGCAACACCAAAAACUCAUAGCAGAAGAAAAAUCCAACACCUCAAUGUACUCACAGUUUGCAUCAGACACUUAUGCAAUAUCCUCAUGGGCAUCAAAAAACCCAAAUUCCUCUUGGCUAAAGCGCCCCAUUAUCCUUUCGACUUUUCAAGCAACUCAACCCAUGAAACCUAUACAUCAACACAGCAACAGUAUAAACCCCCAGACAGCCUCCCCAAAAUCAAUAGCCUCCUCUAGACAAGCAACCCCAAUUCAUUUUUGUAAUUUUUUCUUUCUGGGAUAGAAGAAUUUCCUCCCCUCUAGCUCAUCGGCGAUCGAGUGCCUUCCUUUCCUUCAAGCUCUGAGAUUCAUCCUAAAAUGGAUCAAACACAUAUGCAAUCAUAGAAUCCCAAUCAUGAAUUUGCAUAAUUAACAAAACUCAAUCAUGAAAUCAGAGAGGAUCGACUAGCUCCUCCAAGCGAAGAUGCCCCAGCUCCCAAAGUCUGCAGGUCGGAUAAGAUGCCGAAGAUUGAGGUCUUCAUGCAAAUUGGAGUCGAUCAAGCUCGAGAUCAAGUUCGCAUUGCCGGAAGCUAUGGCGGGUUUGAGCAAUGCCAUCAACUCCAAUCCAGAGAACCCGGAAACUGCUUUGUUGAAGAAGAAAUCGAACCCAGAGAUCCGAGUCCGUUGAGAAAUGAGAAACUCCACCACGUGUGGGCCCACAAAUGAGAUGGGUAUGGUGGCGUCCCGAAAAAUGCGCAGCCCUGGUCUCGCGAACAGACAACGGAGAUCCUCUAGACCGGCCUUCCCUGUCGGCAGCAUCGAUGUCUUGAUGCUGAUGACGUCAUUAGGGAUGGUGGUGGGGAAAGGGGGAUGAUCGAAGGGCUGAGAGAGGAGAGAUUAUAGAGAAGGAUUGUGUGAAGGAGAAAAGAGAUGGUUUUGUGGUGGUUAGACAUGAAAGGACGACUAUACUUUGAAAAGUUAACCUCGUUAACGGUUUACUGUUCCUAAGUAUGAAUCUUGGGUCGGGGUGAAAAGUUUAAGUACCAAAAUGAUAUUUUUUGAAGUUGAGGUACGAAAGUUAUUAGUGGCCCGUAGUUCAGGUACUGUUUGUGAGUUUUCUCUAAAAACUAACAUCAAAACUCACUUCUGUCUCAAUUCUAUCAUUACCACGCUAUUCUAGCGGAAUAGAUAGACAAGAGUUUAAAAGGACAUCAUUCACAGAAUUCUUAAUCACAUUCCCACUCCCACUCCCACUCCCACCCCCAAUCUCAUUUCCACUACCUAGCCUAGGGUUGAACACUAACCCUACAGGUUACAGAAACCGAAACUCUAAGAGAAGCCUUCUACAGUAGGCAAAAGUUUCUAGUGUUGUACUUUAGAGCGCGAAAGGAGCAGAGAGAAAUAAGGAGUGAGAAAUGGACAUGCAAGAAAUACACAACGCUGCUUUAGCUUAUUACCAUAACUUAUCAGAUGAGCUAAAGCAGAAGGCAUCUGAAAAAUUCAAAGAAAUGGAUUCGAAUGAUAAUGGCACAAUAAGCAUCAAGGAGUUCCGGCGGAGUUUGGGCAGCUCCGAGAUCAAGCGCUGCUUCAAGUUGCUGGACAAAACCGGAGACGGCAAGUUGGAUUUCAACGAAUUCAUCACUCUUUACUACCUCGUGGAGAGUGGGAGAGGGGUUUUCUGUGACGGCCAUGGAUGUAAGGCCUCCCCUUUUCUCAACGGACUGUAUUUUACUUGCGUUGAGUGCUUCCAUAACAACGAAGCUGCAACGUUCGAUCUCUGCACCUCCUGCUACCGCGAUGGAAAGUAUGUUCACAACCAUGCCAGCUUUUUGGAUAAUUACGUCUUUUUGCGUUCCAAGGCUGCUUGUGAAUCCACAACACCAACGGAAGAUGAUCAUCAUGAGGUAAGCGCUGCUGAAUCUGCUCAACCAAUUAGUCGUGGACUUCAAACUGUUUCCGAUCUAUUUGGUCGAUCUGGGCCGUCUGAAAUGCCAAGCUCUCCUAAGAGCGAUUCUGAGUCUGAUUCUGAGUUCAAUGCUGAGUCCAAUCAAGUUAGCCAAUCUGGGUCUAAAAGAAGGGCAGUAUUUGAAGCAAUAAAAUCACUCAAUUCCCAAGUGAGCAUUGGAGAUGCUGCUGCUGAUGAGUCCGGUUCCUGCAGCAUUAUGUGAUUGAUCGCUAGCAAAUGCAUCUAUAAUUUGUAUUAAUAUAUGCUUCAGGCGUGGAGGGAAGAAUAAAGACCAAUCUUCAUGGUAGUGGUUAUGGUAGAGAAAUAUUGUGAAGGAAAAAUUUCACAAAUGAUCACUCAACUAUGACUCAUUCGACACUUUAGUCACUGAAGUUCCAAAUAUAUCACUUUGGUCACUCAACUAUUACACUGUCAAUCACU